CAGGAAGACAGGAACCGUGGACCAACACGAUACGACGCCUAUUGCUUACCAGAAGCAGCAGCAAGAUCGGAAGCGCCGCCAUUGUUCUUCAGUUUCGAAGAAUUUACACCCAGUUAGGUCCUCAAAUGGUGAACAAAGCAUGGCGGAUCAUACCAAGGCCAAUCAUGGAAACCGUUCUCAACAACCACGCUCACCGCCACCGCGUCCAUCAACCACUCAUUCUCCACGGUCCCCGUGGCGUCGGCAAAACCACCCUCAUCCUUGAACGGCAUCUUGAGAACUGGAACAAGGGGCCUCAUGUCACAGGCUACAUCGACUUCGCACAGUCAAUUGAAGAGAACCACCCAAACCAUGGUCAUUCGUUUCCAUGGGCAUCUUGGUCUAAUUGCAAACCACCAUUUCUCCCCACCCUUCGGACCCAACUCGAGCAAUGUCUAGAAUCCAUGGCUGAAAAGGGUGUUCAACUCGGUACCAUAAGCUCCCACCAGAUUUGCAAAACCCUUGGAAAAUGGCAUAAUCUGGAUACAUCUCUCAAAAGAAUUAUCCAAACUAAGAACGAAACAACCACCACCAAGAGGGCUUUGUCCAAUAAAGUUUCCACAUUAUCUUUGUGGGACAAGGCUGUAUGCACGCUAACUGCUCGACUAAAUGCCUCAGAGAUCGAUGACAUUUUGAUGUCAAAAGAGAAGGGUAAAAACGUGAGCCUCCAAGAGGCUUCAUAUUAUAGAGAAGCGAUAGUAGCUUUAAAACUCGCUAAAGAGGUGAUCAAGGUUCAACAAGGGUUUAGGGCUAAUGCUGUUAAACAUUUGAACAAAACUGGUGGAUUUUCAAGAACUUUGGCUAAUUCAGCUACUGAUUGGCCCCUUUUGUUACUGGAGUUGCUGUCUGAAGCUGCUCAAACUGAUUACUUUCAGCCAAAGUUGGUAAUAAACAAUAUUGAAGUCUUGAAACAUUCUGUUUUGGUGGAUGAUUCAUCAGUCUCUGGAUCGAUGUUUCAUGAUAGUUUGAUAUGGAGAAUAAUAGCUUUAGGUGCAAAUGAGAUGUGUUUGCCUAUUAUUCUCAUAACUUCUGAUAGCUAUUAUUCAUAUGCAGCUUAUAUGGAUUUUGGGUUUCCUGACAUUUUCAUUUCACGUGAGACAUUUGGAUGGACUCCACAACAAGCCAAAAUACAUAUGGUUCCAGAUUACUUCAGCCAAUCAGAGUGGGAUUUGAUUGUUGAGGUGCUUGGGCCAAAUCCACGUCAUCUUUUUGAAAUAUACGCAUUAAAACAGAGCAAUUAUUACCAAGCACUCAUGGAUAAUAAAGAAAGUACAUUCGAGGACAUUAUUGAUGCAUAUUUAGCACAUUUGCAAGUUACUGUUGUUAAUCCUGCAAUGGAUAGAGCACUAGAAAUCUUGCAAAAAUUUGCUCUUGAUGCUCAAAAGGGCAAAAUCGUCAAAGAUAAAUUACGAUUUGGUGCCCCUUGGAAACACCCACCACGUAAAGAUGACCCUUACCUACGUUCCGAAUGGGCAAAGCUUCAACUAAUGGAUUUCAUCCAAUGUUUAGUCAGUGCAGAGUUUGGGAUUAAUUAUUUUGCCGAUUGUAGCCUUGAGAUCUUUGAUGAUCCUUCUGUGAAUGCAAUGAUUGAGGUUGGUUUACUCUACAUGCAGCGUGAUCCAUCUUUCUUUCGCCCAAUCUCUCGGGCUAUUCAGAGAUGUCUUGUGAGAUGGCUUGUUCAAGAGAGAAUUGACAUGAGCUUUAAAAAUUCAUUACUUUUUCGGUGGCAUCGGGUUUUAAGAGGACGUAGCUAUCGUCAUCUCAUGUUGCAAGUUGGAAAUAAAUAGAAUCCAAUGUGUGUGUGUGUGUGUGUGUGUGGGUGGGUCCCAAAAAAUACCGAUUUUAACAUAUAAAAUGUUAAGUCCUACAAUAUGGAGAUAAAAACAGAUGGCUAUACUUGUAAAGAUUUGAUGAAAGAUGUUACAAAUAGUUGACGUAAUCUUUGUGGGGUUAUGUUAGUUUUGAUCAAAAUAAAUUGAGUUUAUUGAUGAGAUUGUUGUAGAACUCAAAAUGGGAUAUACACAAUUUGACCAUUUGUUGAAGAUGCAA